CAGAAAGUUAUUGCCUAAACAAGCGUUUUUUUUCUACCCACGACGGAGAGUUAAUAAAAAAUUUGAGUAUUGCUAUUUAUAUUGAACGUCAUCCAGUGAUAAAUUGUUCAAUGAGUAGCUUAGAAAUUAAUACAUCUUGUGUGCGUCACGAACAUCAACUGAUUAAUAGUUUAAAAUCAAAUUACGAAGUAAAAAAAGGAAAGGAAACAGGAAAUUCAAAAGAAUCUUUAGAAAUUUAUGAAGAUAACUUUGAUACAUUUUUCAAAAGUUCUAUAAAGGAUCUACACGAAUGGAAUCACAGAGAACUCAAUAGCUUCAAAAAUUUUUCUGGAUUGCUAGAUUGUUCAUCCAGCUCUUUAACAGAAAAUAAUUUGUAUAAAAACUCAUUCUUUGUCACGAAACAAAAAGUUGGAGAAGAAGUUGUGUGGAUGCCUCCAAAUGAUAUUGUAUUACAAGGCGAAUCAUUGAAAAAGGCAGCUAGAAGAAUCCUGAAGAGUUGGUGUGGACGUGACUGUAAUAUUUUUGUGUAUGGUUCAGCGCCAUUAGGCUAUAGUGAAAGUCAAUUCUCUGAGUUAAAUAAAAAAAAACAAUUGACAAGAACGUUUUAUUUUCUUGGUCGAUACUUGUAUGGACCAAUAAACUGUCAAAGCGAGCAUCAAUGGUUGAAUUUUGAACAACUCAAAACAUGUUUACCAAAAAAAUAUUGCCAAAAUAUGACUCAUUUUUUCGACAUUAGUCUAAAUAACUAAAAAAUAAAUUUUGUACUCCUUAU